GUGAGUCAUGCAACCGACGCGCUGCCGAUGCCAACAAGCCGCCACGACGCAUGCACGGCCCUCAUCUUCCUGCCGAUGGGGAAAACUAUUCCGCUCGUGAUAUGAAAUUUUAAUUUAAAAAAAAAGCAACAGCAAGACUAAACUUAGAUUUGUGAGUAUUUUGGUGGCGUCGCGGACGAGGGGCCUUUUUUUUAGGGAGGAAAACAUUGACCUGCGUUCAUUUUGGAUGCAACUUUUAAAUUAUAUACAUAACUAAAGCCAUGACUACCAGCGCGGCCGUGGUGCGCAUCCUGAUCAAGGGCGGCAAGGUGGUGAACGACGACUGCACGCAGGAGGCGGACGUUUACAUCGAGAACGGCGUCAUCCAGCAGGUGGGCAAGGAGCUGAUGAUCCCCGGGGGGGCCAAGGUGGUGGACGCCUCCGGCAAGCUGGUCAUGCCCGGCGGCAUCGACACCAGCGUGCACCUGGAGGAGACCUUCAUGAACGCCACCACGGCCGACGACUUCUACAGCGGUACCAAGGCUGCCUUGGCCGGCGGCACCACCAUGGUGAUGGCGCACGUUCUGCCGGAGAAGAACGAGUCUUUGGCGGACGCCUACGAGCGCUGCCGUGGCCUGGCGGACGGCAAAAGCUGCUGCGACUACGCCCUGCACGUGGGGGUCACCUGGUGGGCCCCCAAGGUCCGCGUUGAGAUGGAGAAGCUGGUGAGGGAGAAGGGGGUCAAUUCCUUCCAGAUGUUUCUGGCCUACAAGGACACGUACAUGCUGAGGGACAACGAGUUCUUCCGGGCCCUGCAGCACUGCAAGGACAUCGGCGCCGUCGCCAGGGUCCACGCCGAGAACGGGGAGCUCGUGGCGGAGGGUGCCAAGGAGGCCUUGGAGCUCGGCAUCUGCGGUCCGGAAGGCAUCGAGAUCAGCAGGCCCGAAGAGUUGGAGGCCGAGGCGACCCACAGGGCGAUCACCAUCGCCAACAGGGCCCGCUGUCCGAUCUACCUGGUCAACGUGUCGAGCACGGCGGCCGGCGACGUGGUGGCGACGGCCAAGAUGCAAGGUCGGGUCGUCCACGGGGAGACGAGCACCGCCCACGCCGUGCUCAACGGCAGCCAGUACUACCACCAGGACUGGGCCCACGCCGCGGCCCACGUCACGCUGCCGCCGCUGCGCCUGGAACCCAACACGCCCAAUUACCUGAUGAGCUUGCUGGGCAACGACACCCUGAAUGUAGUCGGGUCCGACCACCGUCCCUUCACCACCAAGCAGAAAGCCAUGGGCAAGGAUGAUUUCACAAAGAUCCCGCACGGCGUUGCGGGCAUUCAGGACCGCAUGAGCGUCAUCUGGGAGAAAGGCGUGAUCGGGGGCAAGAUAGACGAGAACCGCUUCGUCGCCGUCACGAGCUCCAACGCUGCCAAAAUCUACAACCUUUACCCCAGAAAGGGCAGGAUCAUCCCAGGAGCAGAUGCUGACGUGGUAGUUUGGGAUCCCGAGGGCUCCAAGAUCAUCUCGGUGGAAAACCAAGUCCAGGGCGGCGAUAUGAACCUUUACGAAGGUCUUCGCUGCCACGGGGUGCCCUUGGUCACCAUCAGCCGAGGGCGCCUGGUCUACGAGAACGGCAUGUUCACGUGCGCCGAGGGCUCCGGCAAGUUCUGCCCGAUGAGGACUUUUCCAGACUAUCUUUACAAGAAGAUGGUUCAGCGAGAAAAGUGCCAGGCGGCCAAGCGGGUGGAUCGGGAACCGUACACGGGCGACGUGGCGGCCGUGGCCAACGGCGGAAAGCGGGACGUCUCGCCUUCCGACCUGGACACCCCCACGCGCCCCUGCACCCGUCACGGCGGCGUCAGGGACCUCCAGGAGUCCAGUUUCAGCCUGUCAGGUGCCCAGAUCGACGACAAGGUUCCCAAGAGAUCCUCGGCCAGGAUCCUCGCGCCGCCCGGCGGGAGGUCCAGCGGGAUCUGGUAGAGGCCGUCCCGACGGAUCCGUCCCAGCGAGUCGAGGUUUUACUUAGAAUAAACGUGGGAGAAAGAG